GUGAUUUACAGACUCAACUUAAACGCCUCACAGACAGACUGGUUGGAUAUUACUUGGUCUUCUGUCAUUGAUCGCAUUUAUACUGACUAGUCAAAAUGCUGUGUGGAGGUACAACAGCACCCCAGGACGCCACGGCCGAAAUUCAGGAGAUAUGUAAUAAUAUGAAGACUCAAGUAGAGCAGAAAGCAGGAAAGACCUAUGACACCUUCACCGCCAAGAGCUACAAGAGUCAGGUUGUAGCGGGGACCAACUUCUUCAUAAAGGUCCAUGUCGGAGGUGAUGAGCAUAUUCACAUCCGUGUUUUCAAGAAACUCCCAUGCCACGGACAUGAUUGUGAGCUGACCAGUAUUCAGCUCUCCAAGAGCCACCAGGACCCCAUUGAGUACUUCUGAACCACGGGCUUUCCAAACAACCCUCCAGUGCCUACACACUUCGUCCUGCAUCUAAUCUUCCCCAACCACGUCAUUUUUCUACUCUCACACUGUAGUAUCUGACCAUGUGUUCAGUGUGAAUCAUGAAUGAAAUCUGUUACAAAAAUCGUUUUGUACCAUAGGUUUGAAUAAACGAGUGAAAAUUGAA